AUGAAUAUAAAGCUUAUUCAAUACUCCAUCGCCUUGUCCUUACAACAACUUGAAUCUGAUGGUUCACAACUUUAUUAGCUCCAAUGGAAAAUAGAUAACAAUGUAAUCAACAUCCCCUUAACAAAUGAUGCCUUUAAUAAGCCAUUAUGCACAUAAUCAAAUCUCAUUUUAGAUUAAAACAGGGUGUUAGAAGAAAAGAGCACAUCAAUCAUUUUUAGAGUUAAUGAAGAUAUACUUAAAGAGUACAAAAUUAAUUUAAGUAAAUACCUAAACUCUAAAUUAAAAUAGAUAGAUGAUAUAUUACAAAUAAAUGAGACUACUAAAUUACAUAUCUAAUGGAAAUUCGAAAAACUCUAUGCAAUAGAUUUGGGGGAUAAUUAGGAAAAGCAAGUCAAUUUCAGCCCAACUAACACUCAAAGAAAAUCUCAAGUCAUAACCAAGAAAUCUGUUUCAAUUAUCUCCCCUCAUGAUUCAAAAAAUAAUGAAUAACCUAUUGAAAUAGAAAAAAAGACAGUAGAAGAAACUAAUACUACUAUUCUUAAAUUGAUUGCUGAAAAUAAGAAAUUAAAAGCUUAAGUAAUAGAGUUAAAAAGGUAAAUAGAUUCGCUUUCUUAAUCAAAACCAAUCUUUAUUUAAGCAGAAGUUGAAGGCUUUUUAAGAGAGUAUCAAAUGGAAAAUGAGAAGUUAAGAAAGCUAUUGAAACUCUAAGUUGAGAAAAAUCAAUCUUUACAAGAGGAAUUAAAAAUUCUCAAUUCCACUUAUCUCCAAAAUACAAAAAGAUUUUAAUUACACAUCCAACAAUUGGAAGAGAGAUUUUAAGAGAUAUAAAUUAGUUGUGAUAAUUAUAUUGAGAAUAUCAAUAAUUUUGAAUAAUCAACUCUUUAAGAUCUGUAAAAACUAUAGGACCUAGAGGAUCAAGAAGUAGAGAGAAAAAAAGAACUUUAGAAACUAUUCAAAGGUAAAAUAAUCAACAACAUUUCUGAAAUUCAAAAUGGCUAAUCAAAUAAUGCAUCAAUUUAUUCAUCUUAAUAAGACAAUCAAGAAAAGCAAUAAGCUAAUUCAUAAACUAAAGAAAUUUAUGAAUUAUUGGAUAAUGAUUGA